AUGUUCUCGUCUCUUGGUCUUUUUCGCAGCGUUCCAUGUCCACGGCAGGAUGACUGCAGCCUACAAACCUGUAUCUUCUUACACAGCUGGAGAGUAUCCUGUCCUGAGGCAGAAGACCCUGUGCUCGACUCUGCAAAAGAAUAUGACCCUUUCAGCGCUGGAGACAUAUCUUCUCCACCUUCGAAGAGAAGGAGGCUAGAAUCUGCUCCCGAGCCACCAGGCCACCCUGAUGUGGUGCGAUCGGAGACAGGAAGCUUAGAGUCCUCGACCCGAUCAUCAACGGGACAGCAAGUGCCCACAUCCUCCCGGACAGUGAGUCGUACCUCGCACGAAAAUCCAACUUCGGGGCAGAUUCCACGCAAUGCGGAGCAAGAGCAUGCCAAAGCAAAGCCAGCUUCAAUUACAAGAACUGUGUCACCUCCACCAAUAAAGGUCCCCAGGGAGCCUUCGGUCUUGGUCAAAAAGCGACCCAUGAAAGUCGAAUCACUGACGCCCCGCAACGUUGCCAACGCCCCAGCUCUCCUGAAAACGAGGUUGACGGUGCUGCAGAAGUUGCACGAGGAGAUGCGGACCCAGAACAGCAAGCUCGCCAAUUCGGACGUCGAGUCCAAGUCGCUCGUGCUAGAUGAACAGGAAUUGAUCAAGUUCGCCCUCGACGAAGAGGAAGCUGCUACGAAAUUGGGAGGCGAGAUCUACAAGAACACCAUGGCCCAAAAUAUUCUAAGAACCAGAAAGAUGGCUCUGGAAGAGUGGGUCAAAAGAGUCUCGCAAUGGACCGGAGCAUCGUCCCCGGCCAACGCCCAUGCGAAGCCAGUCGACAAGAGCGAUGAUCUUCCGUCAAUCGGGUUGUCAUCUCUCAAUGAACAGGUUGCUGUUCUCAAGCAUCUCACUACCCCUCUGAAAGGCCUCGAGCAAUAUGGCUACGUGACCACGCAACCAUCCAGCUCAGAACUUGCCUCUGCGAAAGCGGGAUUGGCAGCAGCUAGGGGCUUCGAAAGCUGCGAUCGAUGUGGCACGAGAUUUCAAGUAUUUCCCGGGCGAGAUGAGUCAGGUCGCUUGACAAGCCAGGGACGGUGUCGUUAUCAUUGGGCUCGACUAAAUCGUGCGGUUUCUCUGAAGAGAGAUAGAAUUCAAGGUCAAUCAGAAGCAACCUACCCUUGCUGCAAUAAGCCACCAGGUAGUGAAGGCUGUUCAGAAGCCGACUCGCAUGUAUUCGUCGUCAAAGACCCCAAGCGCCUCGCAACAAUCCUCCAAUUUGAACAAACUCCUGAACAGACUGACGGACGACGGAGACCACCUGUGUCCUUCGAUUGCGAAAUGGGUUACACUACACAUGGAAUGGAAGUUAUUCGAGUAACAGCUGUGUCAUGGCCUGACGGAAGAUUACUGCUUGACGUCUUGGUGCGACCUUUUGGGGAAAUCCUCGAUCUGAAUACCAGAUUCUCCGGAGUGACAAAAGAAGCCUAUGCAUCCGCGCUGCCGUACGAAGCCGAAGUCUCUGACCGGGUCCAGGAGACGAAUGUCGACAAUAGCCAGCUCCGUAAAGUGGACUCGCCGGCUGCAGCUCGGCAAUUACUGUUCGACCACAUCAGCCGAGAAACUCCUCUGAUAGGUCAUGCUAUCGAGAACGAUCUGAAUGUGGUGAGGAUCAUACAUCCCUGCGUGGUCGAUACAGUGCUGUUGUAUCCUCACCCACGAGGAUUGCCGAUAAGGUACGGGCUGAAGAUGCUUAGCCAAAAGUACCUGUCGCGAGGCAUCCAGACAGCUGGCGAGGCAGGGCACGACUCGAAGGAGGACGCGGUGGCUACGGGAGACUUGGUCACUAAAAAGGUGGCAGAGAAAUGGAAGCUGAUGAGAUAUGAAGGAUGGGCUUUCGUCGAUGGAGUCCUCGUGGCGCCAGAGGGAACGAAGGCGCUGAAACACGUGCUUUGA